AUGGUUCGGCAAAGAGGCAGCACCAGCUUUGCCGUCUAUAUCUUGCUGUUGUGCCCCCUUCUUCAUGGUGGCGCGGCACAGUACGACACCUGCACCAACGGUGCGAUUGCCGACAUCGGCAAUGGCCGUUGUGACGCGGAGCUGAAUGUCCCUUCCUGUGGCUACGAUGGGGGUGACUGUUGCUCCUGCACCUGUGUCGACGGGCCUCUCUAUUGGUGCUCUGAGGGGACGUUCGAUUGCCUGUACCCAGACUGCGGUGAUAACCCAGCAUCCGACUUAGAGUUCUUCGAGACCCAGGACAACACCACAAAGUGCAACAUGUUCCAGAACUAUCCGGAGUGCAAUACGCUCUGGUCCGAUUGUUGCGAAAUGGACUGCGGGGGAGACUACUACUGCGACACUUACCGCUUCGAUUGCUCCGACUCAACAUGCCUCUCACAGACCGUCGUUGCUGAAAAUCCCGACUGCGCCGGCGAUUGGUUGACGAUUGGUGACGAGUUUUGCGACAGCGAGAACAACAAUCCUGAGUGUGCAUACGACGGUGGGGAUUGCUGUGCGGAUACCUGCCCACUUUCCAUUGAUUCUGCUUGCGGCUUUGACGGGUUUGCCGACUACAGCGGCUUCGACUGUCUGGACCCAGCCUUCUUCGACCCCACUGUUGUCGCCGAGUUCCCCGAGUGUACCGGAAGCUGGUCCAUGAUUGGCGACGGACAAUGCCAGGAGGAAAAUAACAACCCCGCUUGCGGAUACGACGGGGGAGAUUGCUGCAUAUGUUCCUGCAGCGGCACUCUCUGCGGAGGCCUCGCCGAUUGCUUGGAUCCCAGUGCUGGCGACGAGUUUUACGAGUGCAGUCCACCAUCGCCCGAGGCCCUGCCCUGCUCCGCGGAGGUGCAGCAGACGUGGGUGGUGGACGAACAGGAGGAGGCGCACGCUCUGGCAGCAGCCGUCAACUGCUCCGGGGGUUCGUUCGAGGUGGAGUGGAGUGGAACUGUGGUCAUGGAGAUGCCAAUCGUGGUCGGGGCUGGUACCGUUCUGACGAUAACGGGUGCCGGCUCGAGUACUGUUGGCGACGACGACUCCGGCGCCGUCAUACAUGGAAAUGAAGGGACGAGACUCUUCACCGUUGUCGACGCUGCCCUGUACCUGAGCAAUAUCACCAUCGCCUUUGGAAGUAGCACGGUGGGUGGCGCCAUAGCUGCGGCAGGGUCCACCUUGACCCUCGUCGAGACGAUGUUUAUUGCGAAUACGGCUACGGACCAUGGGGGCGCCAUUUACUUGUCCGAAGGCUCCAGCAUGUCCUGUACCGGGGGAACAUUUGCCUACAACUUCGCAGGCGCAAGUGGAGGCGGCGUGUUUGUCACCGGUAACUGCGUCGUUUCGUGCGGUGGGUUGUGGUUCAGCAACGAGGCUGGCCACAGUGCAGGUGCCAUGAUGGUCAACGAUGGUUCCAGCCUAUCUUGGGCCGAAGAAGUGGACUUGGCUUCCAACACAGCCGGGUACUGGGGAGGCGCCGUUUACGCACUCGGCGAUUCGAGCGUAUCGUGGAACGCGUCCACUCUGUUCUACAACAACAGCGCCAACUACUUUGGUGGUGCUGUGGCCGCAGGCAACAGCUCGAGCGUUUCCUGGACCGGCGAAACAACGUUCGAUUCCAAUAGCGCAGGUCAAGGCGGAGCUCUGCUGGUCUACGAUGGCUCGAGUGCCUCUUGGAGUGACACCGCGGCGUUGUUUCAGAACAACACGGCGUCCAGCGGUGGUGCUGCGUUCGUCGACGAAAGCUCAGCCGUGUCCUGCUCAGGAGAGGCGGACAGCUGGUUUCACGGGAACACGGCUUACUACGGUGGGGCUUUGAUAGUGCGGUCGGGUUCCAGCGUUUCCUUCGCUGGCAACUUUUCAACGUUGGACAACGGGGCGUACUAUGGUGCCGCUGUGUUUUCUUCCGAUUCCAGUGUGUCGUGGACAGAGGCGGCAUGGUUCCGGGAGAACUGGGCGUAUCACGGAGGUGCUUUGUACGCGGUGGAGUCCAGUGUUUCCUGGACCGCGAGCUCGAUUGAGGGCAACUGGGCCAUCACGGGAGGUGCCGUGUACGCUGUUGAAAGCGAUGUGUCCUGGAGUGGGCCGACACUGUUUUACAACAAUUCCGUAAUUGGCAGGAUUGGUCGAGGAGGUGGCCUACUUGCGAUCGGGUCUAACGUUUCCUGGAGCGGGGCAACAGAUUUCAUCUAUAAUAAUUGCCAAGGGGACACCACCGAUGCCCUCGCUGGUUGCGCUAUAGCAGCGACUGACGGCGCUAGCGUGUCGUGGAGUGGAGGAGCGACGCAUUUCACAAUGAACUUUGGAGUUAGCCUGGUUUCACUGGGUGGUGCUAUGGAAGUGGAUGGCUCGGAAGUGUCUUGGAGCGGAGACACUGAGUUCGACACCAAUUUUGUGGGGUUCGGAGGCGGCGCCAUUUCAGCGACAGAGGGUGCUCGCGUAUCCUGGGGGGAAGGCACCACGACAUUUCUCGGCAACUUCGCUUCUUAUCGUGCCGGGGCAUUUGAUUGCAUUGAUUCUUACAUCUCUUGGAGCGGAACUACGGAAUUUAUCGGCAACAGCGCUCUGUUUCUGGUUAAUAGUACUCUGGGCGGAGAAGGAGGAGCUGCCUCUGUUUUGAGUUGUAACGUGAGCUGGACAGGGGAAACCAUUUUCACGUCGAACGUGGCGCAAUCUGAGGGCGGGGGGAUCACAGCAUCUUCGGGUAACGACGGUAUCCUAUCUAACAUCACGAUGAACGCCACCACCAUCUUUUUCAACAACACAGCCGCAACCAACGGGGGCGCGAUCGUGCUGUUUGAAGACGCUGCCUUGAACACCAGCUUCAACGUGGAUAUUAGCUUUGUUGGCAAUUCUGCUGGAGUCGCGGGAGGAGCAAUCUUCUUGUCAGGCGUCGAUACCGGCCCGAUCUUCACUGAGGUGAACUUUACCUCUAACGUGGCUGAGAUCGGAGGCGCUGUGUCGUUGUUCGGGUGCGGGAUUGAGCCGUCCGGCGGCGACAACCCUACCACUUUCGACCGAUGCCGAUUUGUCGACAACCAGGGAGCGUCAACAGGUGGAGCCAUAGAGAGCGCGGCUGGAAAAGACGCUUUUAACGGCAGCAUUUUCGAGGGCAACUCCGCAGGAACAGGUGGGGCUCUAAGGCUAGCAGGUGCGGCAUAUUUCUUCAACUGCUCGUUCGUGGGAAACACGGCUGACGAAGGAGAGGGGGCGGCCGUGUCUAACAUCGGCUACAUUUCGGCAGUGGAAAGCAACUUUUUCUCUGGCAACAGAUUCGACUGCCGCUCGAGCAUGUACUUGGACUUCAUUCAGCAGUCGGACGACCCUUUCGAGGUGAUGUGCAGCGGAUGCGAGGUCACGUGCGAAGGAUGCGUCUUCGAUGAAGGGCUUCUGGUUCCGGCUUGUACAGAGGUAAUGGAGCAUGCCACGAGCGACGGCGGCAACAUCACCCUCGAAGCACUCUCGAUCGACAGCGGGUACUGGCGAGCCACCGAGUCCAGCGAGGACGUUCUCGCGUGCUACCAUGCCGAAGCCUGCCUCGGAGGGGUGACGGCCACAUCCGGCUACUGCCUGGAGGGCUACGAGGGGCCAUACUGCAGUGUUUGCAGCAACGGUUAUUCCGAGCAACUGGGCUUUGUGUGCAGCAAGUGCCCCGAGAAAAACACGGGGGGGAUCGUGAUAUUGGUCGUCCUCGCUGUCGGGACCACGAUCGUCCUCGCUGCCAUAUACUCGUACGUCACGUCGGGGGAGGACGGCAUGGGCACGGGAUGUGGAUGGAUCGAGCGGGUGACGCGGUACAUACCUCUCCAGUCUGUGAAGAUUGUCAUCGCGGCCUGGCAAAUCUUGACGCAGUUCACGUCUAUCGCGAACGUCACCUACCCCGACGUGUACGAAGACUUCCUUGGAGUCCUUGACAUGUUCAACUUCGACCUCGGCUGGGCUCUAUCUGUCAGCUGCACCAUUGACAUGGACUUCCACGACAGACUGCUGGUUUCCACGAUCAGCCCUAUCGCGGCCUUGCUGUUUUUGGCAUGCACCUACUUUAGGGCCUGGAGUCUCUACCGUCGCAAGCCAGACACACUCGGAGCCGUUCAGCACAAGCAUGCGUCGAUGGUGCUCUUGCUUACGUUCUUCGUCUACUCGAGCGUAAGUUCGAUCCUGUUCAGAUCCUUCGCUUGCGAGGAACUAGCCGACCGCAAGAUCUACCUCAGGUCAGACUACCGCAUCGAGUGCGACUCCUCCAAGCACAAGGGCUUCCAGGUGUACGCCGUCUUCAUGAUCCUCGUAUACACGGUGGGAAUCCCGGCUCUCUACGCCGGCCUUCUCUUCAGGGAUCGCGACUUGUUGAAGCAGGACACGUCCAAACGGCGAGACCCUCCGCGUGUCACCUCGAUCGCCGACCUGUGGGAGCCUUACAACCGGUGGGCGUUCUACUACGAGGUGAUCGAGUGCGGCCGGCGGGUCCUCCUAGCAGGCGUCGUCGUGUUCAUCUAUCCCAACACGGCGGCGCAGAUCGCGGUGACAUUAAUGAUCGCCUUCGCUUUUGUCGUCGUUUCUGAGGCCCUGAACCCGUACAAAUCCGGGUGGGAUCGUUGGAUCAAUCGCAUGGGGCACGUUGUUGUCUUCUCGAGCAUGUUUCUCGGGCUCCUGCUGAAGGUAAACGUUUCCGACGAACACGUCGCGAGCCAAAGGGUGUUCGAGAUCGUUCUCGUGGCCGUUCACGCGCUCAUGGUCAUGGCGAUCGUGGUCGAGACGGUUGUCCUCUUCUUUCAAUUGAGGGCAGAAUUGAAAAAGGAGAAGGAGCAGACGACGAAUGCCGAUGAAGAGGAAGAGAAGGCAGAUUAAUACAAGAAGCCCAGAAGAUUCUGUGUGCGCAAUCGACGUGAUGCCGACGGAAUUGGUGAAGCAAGACAUGAGUGGCGUCCCUAUUUCUUUCUACGUUACAACAUGGCCGUGUGCCUGUUUGUCCUUCGGCUCUUGUCGCAUCGGAUUUUUGCGUUGACUGCACCGACGAGGGUGUGUGCCAGCAGAACCACCAACGAGAAGCUUGUGUGAUACCCUACUGUACAAUAGUUUGU